AUUCUCAGCCUGGUCUUUGAGAUGAUGGGAUUGGGAAACGGGCGUCGGAGCAUGAAGUCGCCGCCCCUCGUGCUGGCUGCCCUGGUGGCCUGUAUCAUUGUCCUGGGCUUCAACUACUGGAUUGCAAGCUCCCGGAGCGUGGAUCUCCAGACGCGCAUCGUGGAGCUGGAAGGCAGGGUCCGCAGGGCGGCAGCGGAGCGAGGGGCCGUGGAGAUGAAAAAGAACGAGUUCCAGGGGGAGCUGGAAAAGCAGCGGGAACAGCUGGACAAAAUUCAGUCCAGCCACAACUUUCAGAUGGAGAGCGUCAGCAAGUUAUACCAGGAUGAAAAGGCAGUUUUAGUGAAUAACAUCACCACAAGCGAGAGGCUCAUCAGAACCUUGCAAGACCAGUUAAAGGCCCUGCAGAAGAAUUACGGCAGGCUGCAGCAGGAUGUCCUUCAGUUUCAGAAGAACCAGACCAACCUGGAGAGGAAGUUCUCCUACGACCUGAACCAGUGCAUCAACCAGAUGAAAGAGGUGAAGGAGCAGUGUGAAGAGCGAAUAGAAGAAGUCACCAAAAAGGGAAAUGAGGCUGUAGCUUCCAGAGACCUGAGUGAACAAAAGGACCAAAGCCAGCAGCUCCGAGCCCCCAGUGAGCCCCAGCCCAGGCCGCAGGAAGCAGGCCUGCCCCAGGCAGAGGUGCCACAAGCAAGAGGGAACAUGCCCAGCAACAGCAAGCCCCAGACACCAGUCCCCAGUUCUGAGGCGGCUUUGGAUUUGAAGAAGCAAGGCGAGAAAGAGGGAACCAAGGAGAUUCAGGUCGUCAGCAAGGAGGAGCUUCAGAGGGACAGCCUGGGGCUGCCGAAGGAGCCAGGGCGAGAGCAGAAUGCGGAAGAAGACAGACGCGUGGGCGGAAAAGGCCAUGGAGAACCCGGAGAACUGGGCCAAACCCCACAGGUGCCAGCUGCCCUGUUGGCAAGCCAGGAGAAUCAGGAGAUGGAGGGCCCUGAGCGGGACCAGCUCGUCAUCCCCGACGGGCAAGAGGAGGAGCGGGAUGCCGACGAGGAAGGGAGAAACCAGCAAAAACUGGGAGCAGAUGAUGACUACAACAUGGAUGAAAAUGAGGCAGAAUCUGAAACAGACAAGCAGGCAGCCCUUGCGGGGAAUGACAGAAACGGAAAUGCUUGUGGGAUCUUAGCUCCCCAACCAGGGACUGAACCCGUGCCUUGAAGCAGUGAAAGCACAGAGUCCUAACCACUGGACCACCAGGGAAUUCUCCAAGGCCUCUUGAAACUGAACAUCAGAUUUGGAGAUACACUUCAAAAGUACCUACCAAUUUCAGGCAACAUAAGUUUAAUUAAAUUUUUCAUUUCCAUUAGCAACUGUUAAAGAUGCUUGCAUUCUGAAGAGUAAACCAAGCCUAACCCACAGAUAACUAUAAAAGAAUAUGGGAAAGAGAAAUAAAUUUUGAUAAGUAGAACAUGGAAAAUCUCAUUGGAAGAAAUUAUCUGAACAUUAUUUUGAAGAAUUCCACAGACAUAUAAAAAGAAGUAUAGAAUCACAAGCAAUACAACAGCAUAAGCAAACACGAGGAGCAACAUGUGCUUCACUGGCUUCUCUUCUUGUUUUUCCAACAAAGUUCUAACUCAAGGUCCUGAACUCAGCAAGCCCUGAGGAACCAUAUCCACUCCUUCAAUUUUAAUUAGCACUUAACAUGAAAAUAACUCCAAAACCUGCUCUUCCAUCCAUUUUCCAGAGCAAAAUAUUUACUUUGUCGAUGGACUGUUCCAUGUCACCGCGUCAAAAAAUCCCAUUCGUCAUACCUGAGCUGCCUUCCUUAAGCAUCUCCUGUUCCCAAACCAUUUCUGCCUCCUUCAUCUUCAACACAUCACAUCCACUGAGUAAACCCACCAGCAAGUAAUCCUUGAAUCAAGUUCGAUUCUUUCUACUUUCUCCCUUUACACCACUGUUACCAAGUUCCCACUGAUUAAGUAGCUUUUCAAUGAGAAGCUAAAAUUAAUGCUCAGCAAUUUCAAGCUUUACACAGUCAUUUUGUCACUAGCUGGAGUUGUACUAAUAUUA